AUGGAAGAUCAAUUUGUAACUAUCAGAAAAAAUAGAAUAACAAAUUUGAAUCAUUCAAUUAUCUCAAACCAAUCCACUGAUUCAGAUUAUCUAGCAAGAUCAUUGCCUGAUCUAUCCACAUAUAAUGAAAAUUGUGAUGGGAAGGAACAAAUUGAAGACUUAAAAUCACAACUAGAAGCAGCACACUUAGAAAUUGAAAAUAUUCUUUUGGAAAACAGCUCAUUGAAAAAGAUCAUUGUUGAACAAAAAGCUGCAAUUUCACGUUUUAAAAAAAUAUGUUCGACUGACUUCAAAAUCGUUGGGUCCACUUCUUCAACAAGAAAAAAACCACAAAAAACACGACAAGAAAAAAAUGUAUUCCGUCAGCAAAAAUUAAACAUGAGCUGUAAUGACCUUCAAUUGUAUGAAAACAAUACGAAUAACGACGGAAUUUCUAAUAAUUUUGAGCCUCCCGAUAAUUCUACGAGCAUGAGAAGAAACUCCCAGUCACAACAUAAGCCAAGCCAAAGCAAACCUAAUAAUGUUCCUGAAAUCUUACUCAUUGGUAGUCAACAGUGUAAAGGCCUAACAUUUGAACUUAUACACUCAAGAUAUGGUACUAAAUAUGGAAAAUUCUACAUCAACUCGUGGAUUAAACCCUAUGCAAAAACAGUAAGCCUUCUGAAUUCUCUGGCUGGUUUUCAUGAUCUUCCUGAAAACUACCUGUCGAAAGCAACUUGGAAUAUAAUCAAAAAGAAGAUAGAUGAAGUGCGGUCGUUUGAUGAAAUAGGUCCAAUCAAAGCUAAUGGAAAAAUUGUCACUGACACGAAUCAAAUAGCCAAUGAAUUCAAUAGCCACUUUACUAACAUAACGACGAUUAGCACCAGAACUGGAUUAGCACCAGACUUUAGUUUUGUUCAAACAUUGAGUUCAUCUAUAUUUCUGACACCCUGUACUACUCUAGAGAUAUCUUCAAUAAUAGCAUCCCUUAAAAAUACUAAAGCCGCUGGGUACGACUCUAUUACAACCCACGUUUUAAAGCACUGCAAGACAGAACUGACAGAUGUUAUUACUCACCUUAUAAACCUUUCCUUUGAACAGGGCACUUUCCCAGACUGCCUGAAGAUAUCUAUAGUUAAGCCGAUCUAUAAAAAAGGUGAUAAACAGAUGCUUAACAAUUACAGACCCAUAACUCUGAUCCCGAUUCUAGCGAAGGUAUUUGAAAAAGCUAUGUAUAGGAAAUUAAAUUCAUUUUUAGAAAAAUUUAACAUAAUUAAAGAAGAGCAGUGUGGGUUUCAAAAGAACAAAUCAACGUCAUUGGCUACAUUUUAUUUAGUAAAAACACUGAUAGAGCAUAUGGACAAGCGAAAAAAGGUUACAGCGAUCUUCUUGGAUAUGAGUCGGGCUUUUGAUUUUGUUAAUCAUAAUACCCUUCUCCAUAAAUGUAAUCUCUAUGGAAUAAGAGGACCAGCACUUGAUUGGCUCGAAAGCUAUUUAAAAAAUCGUCAACAAUACGUAGAAAUAGCCCACGCACACUCGGAUCUAAACGUUAGAAUGCACAGAUCCACUCCUAAAUAUAACAGAAGUGGAGUGCCACAAGGAAGCGUCCUUGGACCUUUAUUAUUCCUCCUCUAUAUAAACGAUUUGCCCAAUAUAACACCGCAUAAAUGUGUACUGUUUGCUGACGACGUAUCAAUUAUCAUUGCCGAUAACAAUCUUACUGACUACCAAUCCGUUAUUAAUAACACAAUUAAAAAUAUAAUAGAAUGGUUAGAAACUAAUGAUUUAACUAUUAAUAUAGAAAGGGCUGCUACUGUUGCUUACCACGGCUAUGUUGGCUCUAUAUUGAGAUAUGGCAUUUUAAUAUGGGGUAAUUCUACUGAAGUACACCAAGCUUUUCUAGCUCAAAAGAAGUGUGUCAGAGCUAUAACAGGAAUAGGACCCCUCGAUAGUUGCAGACCGAUGUUUCGAAGGUUACAGAUCCUGACUGUAGCUUGCCUUUAUAUUCUCGAGAUAGCUCUUUUCGUAAAAAAGCAUACAGCUCAUUUUGUUACUUUUGAAAAAGACAGCCUGUUUCAGACUAGGGAUCCCACCCGACUACGCUUCCCCAUGUCAUAUAAGAUAAACGAGGACUUGGCUUAG